UCCAUCCUCACUUCUCCUCCAUUCCCAUUUCCCCUUCACUCGUUGACCACCCCCCUUUAUUUUUCCGACCAUUCCCUACGCCACUUUUGUUUUCCUUCUCCCUCCACCUUCAACCCAAGCUAGCUUUUCCCUUUUCUCUAACUUCCAAGUUGCAUCACAACCCUUGUCACAAGUUUUCUCCGAUUCCAUUCCAACCUCAACAACAACAGACACACCCCAUCCACUUCGAUCAUCAUCAUCUCCCAUUAAUCUCUUCAUAAUCCCAUAUGUUCCACUUCCUAAUCCCACAAUUGCACACAACCUCGUUCUAAUCUCAAACUUUUCAACCCUGGGUACUCUCUCUCCUUCCAAUAUUCCUUAGCAACACAUUUAUAAAAACCAUCCAAUUAUGUAACUCUACCCUUUCUAGUAGCAUAUAAACUCCCCCAAAAAAAAAACCAAAAAAAAGACUUUUUUUUUAUCUUCAUCUUUCUAACCUCAAAGUUUUCAAACCUGGGUUCCCUAUCUCCUUCCAAUAUUCCUUAGCAACACAUUUAUAAAAACCAUCCAAUUAUGUAACUAUAACCCUUUCUACCUUAUAAACUCCCCAGCAAAAAAAACAGAAAAAAAAUCUCUUUUUUUAUCCUUUCAUUUGGAAAAUGAUGUAGUGUGUCCUCUUCGGUGUGUGCACUAUCUUUAUCAAAUUAUCCUGUUCUAGUUAUCUUUAUUUUAUAGUUGUCUGUAGUUUGGAAAAAAAAAAAAAAAGAAGGAUGCCGGAAUCGGAGAUAGGGACGCCGACGGCGGCGUCGGUGCCGGCGACGCCGGAUACUCCGGGAGGACCGUUAUUCACGUCGCUGCGAGUUGACUCACUGUCACAUGAACGUGAGUCGUUCUCAAUGGCUGGGUGCAAGUGUCUGCCGACCAAGGGCCAUAGCUGCUUCACUGAUUUCUCAGUUGGUGUUCCACUUCCCAAUGUUUCUCUCACUCAAAAGAUGAACAAACAGGUUGGAGCAGAGUUUGUGGGGACUUUCAUAUUGAUAUUUGCAGCAACGGCAGGACCAAUAGUGAACAACAAGUACAAUGGAGUAGAGAGUCUAAUGGGAAAUGCAGCUUGUGCAGGGUUAACUGUGAUGUUUAUCAUUCUGUCCAUUGGCCACAUCUCAGGUGCACACCUGAAUCCAUCCCUCACCAUUGCCUUCGCGGCCUUUCGCCACUUCCCUUGGACCCAUGUCCCGGCCUACAUAGCAGCACAAGUCUCUGCCUCCAUAUGUGCAUGUUAUGCUCUCAAAGGUGUUUACCACCCUUUCCUCUCCGGUGGGGUCACUGUCCCCACCGUCAGCGUCGCCCAGGCUUUUGCAACCGAGUUUAUCAUCACUUUUAUUCUCUUGUUUGUUGUCACUGCUGUCGCCACCGAUACUCGUGCGGUUGGUGAAUUGGCAGGUAUUGCUGUUGGGGCUACAGUUUUACUCAACAUUCUCAUAUCAGGGCCGACAAGUGGUGGUUCGAUGAAUCCGGUGCGCACGUUGGGUCCAGCCGUGGCAGCAGGAAAUUACAAGCAUAUAUGGAUCUAUUUGGUGGCACCAACGUUGGGUGCUCUCGCUGGUGCUGGUGUUUAUACGCUCGUCAAGCUGCGUGACGAGGAGGCCGAACCGCCGCGACAAGUUAGAAGUUUCCGUCGCUAAUUUGGCAGCGCAGCGUCACUGUUCUGUUCUUCCUCCACCCCACAACUCAAGUCAUGUAUCUAGCUCCUUGUUUGAUUUUAUAUGUAUAAUCUAAUAUAAUAAAAUGCAGGGGGACUCAACAUGAUCCUAUUUGUGAAUUUAUGUGUGUAUGGUUCGUUUCAGUUGUGUUAUGUACACCAUGAAAGGACUAACUAAAGCCAUGAUGAUUUGUGCUCCUUGAAAUUAAUAAUAUGUAUGAUUUGUAGAAAA